CGCGAGCAACUCCACCUACUCUACUUCACGGAUCAGCCUCGAUGUCUCAACACAACCUACAAGCAGACCGGCGAGCGUGUACGAGGCGGAGACAUCGCGACUCUCCUUUCCGGAACCGCAGCUAUAUCGCUCGUCUUCCCAGAGGUCAUCGAGGUCAUCCUACCGGCCGAGUAGCAGCGUAAUGGGCAUGUCGCACCGGAGUACCAGGAGCGAUUCUGUGCUGAGUCCUGAAAGUCUGGUCACCCCAACCCAGAUGGCGCGCGGGGAGUCGAGACCCCCCUCUUUUGUGGACACGCCCGAGACCGCUGUCAGGGACCUCUCCUCCGAGCUAUCAGACCUCACUCUUGACUCGGAGGAAGGUCUACGGAAGUUUCAAAGAGGAGAGAUCUACGAUGACGAUCUGGAGUGGUACCGUCUCGUACCCCCUGAGGCACGCGAAGUUCUCUCCAGUAGCGAGGUCCAACGACAAUCUAUCCUGUUCGAGAUCAUCAAGUCCGAGAAGGACUACGUUUCUGACCUUGAAACGCUUCAGGAGGUCUUCGUGGAACCCAUCGUCAAUACUUUAGCAGUCCCCCAGCAGCGCGUCAAGGGGUUCAUACAAGAGGUCUUCUUCAAUCUGGACAAGAUUCUCGCGCACCACAAACGCAUGCUCGGAUCGCUGUUCGAACGUCAACGGGACCAGCACCCGCUCAUUCAGAGCCUCUCCGAUAUCAUCCUCGACAACAGUUUGCUCUUCCAAGAUGAUUACGAGGACUACAUCAAACACUACCCGCUCGCAGAGGCCCGGCACCGUUCCGAACUCCGUCGGAACUCACGGUACCAAUAUCUCCUACAGCAAUGCUCGCUCGCUCCCAGCGUACGGAAGCGCGACCUCAUUACCUUCCUGUCCCGGCCUGUCACGCGUCUUCCACGACUCCUACUCCUGCUGGAGAAUGCGAAGAAAUACACGGAGCCAGACCACCCGGAUAUGGAGACGAUCCCACUUCUCAUAGGCAUUCUGAGGGAUUUCAUUCGAAGCACGCAGCCAGGCAUCGCUGCGUCAGAAGACAAGGUCAAGUACUGGAACCUGUGUGAAAGCCUAAUAUACCAGAAGGGCGAGAUCAUCGACCUGGACUUGUACGAUGAGAGCCGUUCACUACGUUUUCAAGGCCCCUUGUCAAGACGGUACAAGUCGAACAUGGACUUGCACUGGGCUGACCUCCAUGUCGCCCUGCUGGACAACUAUCUGCUACUCCUCAAACCCGAGGCCCGCUCUAGCACUGUAAUGAAGAACCAUGUUGUGUCACGACCUAUACCCUUGGAGUACCUCCGUCUCGGCGCGUUCGAUGGUCCACAAGAAAACCGCAAAGAGAAAGCAGAAGACGGCAGCGGCAUCCUGGAUCGCGUGCGUUCGCGCUACCGGCAGAUGUACCCGUUCACGAUAUACCACGCGUCGUCGAAGAUGAGCCGGAGAUAUACCCUGUAUGCCGAGAGCGAGGCGGCGCGGCAGAAGUGGCAUGUUGCGCUCAAUGAGGCUCUGGGGAUCCGACAGAUCAGGCAGGAGAGCAAUAUGCUGUUUGCGCCACACAUCCUCAACGAAGGGUUCUUCAAGCAUGCAGCGUUGAUCGCGCCGUAUGGCCUAGCAGCACACUACACGGGUAGAGUCAAUGCUGCAGCAGAACUAUCCAGUGGGUCGAACACGUUCAUUGCCGUUGCAUGCACCUCGGGUGUGUAUCUCGCAAGGCGAGGCGAAUCGUCGUUCCGCAAGGUCCUGAGCGUGCCCAAUCCGACAAGCAUGGUCGCCCUUGCAGCGGCAGGCAAGCUCUUCGUGCUGCAUGAAGACGGCCUCUGCUCCUACUCCCUCGACAUGCUCGCCCGCGCGGCUCUUGGACUCAUCGAUUCCAGGAAAGUGGACGCGACGAGAGAGAUGAUAGCGGGAGACGUUCUAUUCUUCCGUGCUGGCCGAGUAGGCAAUCGGUUCAUGGUCCUGUAUGGUCAGAAGAGCUUUCUUCAAGUGUACCUGUAUGCACUAGAGGUAGUGAGCAAUGCGGACGCGGGCCACCCGCGUUGGAGUACGUCCGGAGUGUCGUCGUUUAGGUCGUUUGGUGAUCCUCUUGUCAUCCCAAAAGACACAUACAACAUUACCGUCCUAAGCCGGCGUAUCGUGAUCUGCUCGGAGAAGGGCAUUUCUGUUGCCGAUCCUGCCAAUCUGAGCCUGGGCGUGAAAUCAACACAUCUGCCAGACUUUAGUAACUCUGAUCUAAGUCUGGCCAUGGCCGGUCUGAAGGUGCGCUGCGCAUCCUGCAAGCCACUAGGGAUCGUGCGCUGCCCCAACUCCGAAGAAUUGCUCGUGGUCUAUGAUGAACUCGGCUGUUACAUGGACAAGCACGGGGUACCGACGCGCGCAUCCGGGUAUCUACGCUGGGAGACCAAAGCGGUCUCGUACGCCCAUCGCGGCGACUACCUCAUGCUCAUCUCGCCUGAGUUCAUCGAGGUGCGCACGGUACACACUGGCAAGCUCGUGCAGGUGCUCGAGGGCGCGGACAUGCGCCGCAUCGACGUCGGCCUGCUCAGCCCGGACAAGGACAGCGCGCAGGGCACGACGCUCAUCGCGAUGCGCGGGCGCGAGGAGCAGGGGCUGGUCGCAGACCGCAUCCUCGAGCUCGUCGAGACUUCGGAGCUGCGCACGCCAAGAGUGUCGGACGUGCCGGGGGCGUGGGAGGACUUCGAUAUAUUGUAGCCGUAGUACUGGGCGUCGGGGCGGGCGAGGGUGAAAUACGGGUGGAUGUUGGCAGGAUGGUGCUGGGAUGGAAAGACGUCGUCGUAUAUCUGGCUAUCUUAUGCUUACCAUAGAGUAAUUUGGAUCGUCUGUAAUGUAGCCAUCGUGAUGUCAUUGCAAGAUAGUCAUUCAGCAGCAG